AUGGCAGGAGCCGGCCAGACUGUGGGAAGCCGCACGCACUGCGCUGUCUACACCCCAGCAGCCGCUUCUCAACCCUCCUGCUCCGCGGACCUCCAGUUGCUGGCCCACAGGGUGGCGUCACCUUGGCAGCCCCUGACCUGGAGCAGCCCGCCCUUGUCCUUUGCCCUCCAAACUGGCUUCCACCUGCCUCCUUCCAACGGUGGCGGUGCCGCCGUCUCCCAGAACUGGCUCCCGCACGCUCGGCCGUCGCUGCUGAAGUCGGAGUCGCUCCCGUGGGAUUUGACAUCCCCCCCCACUCCCCACCCCAACCCCCAGCUGGUGCCAGCAUCUUUCCCAAACCGGAUCCAAAACCCACAAACUAUUCCCAGCACCCCCAAACCUGGCUGCGCGCUCCCCUUCCUGGCUGCUCACGCGUCCUCGGCAAACGUUCGCCGACAUCCUGCCCCCUCGCCUGCCUGCGGGUGCCCGGCCCCUGACUCACUUCCGAGGCAUCCCUGGAGCCCCCAGCCUCCGGCUCCCGCAGGAUGUCUUGGCCACCAGGGCUUCCCUCCGCGGCCCCUCCUCCCCCACCUUGCAGCCCGGGCCCCAGCCCCCGCGUCGGAGAACGGUCCUUCUGCACAGACCGCACUGCGUGGCCCCAGCCCGGCGCAGCCAGAUUCGUCUCACCCCGCCUCGUCCCCGCGCCCUGCUGUCUCCCUGCCAUCGUCUCCGAAACCCCGUGCCCCGGGAUGGCAAGCGCUCAGCCCCUUCCCAUCUGAACCUGGGGGAUACGAGACGCAUGGCUCUGCUCGCUUGGUGGCCCCCACCCCCGGGCUCCCUCGCAGCCUCUGUGGUCCCCAGAGCCCCCGCUGUCUCCCCUGCGCCCUUCCUCCUGCGCCUGUCCCCUCUCUGCCCUCUGGCUGGCACCCACCGGGCCCAGCCCCCAGCUUCUCGGCCCAGCUGCCCCCGGCUGCCCACUGCAGGCAGCGCCUCUUCCCAGGGGUCUCUGGGUGGGGGGCUACGUCCUUCCCGCACACUCACCUCUGUCCUCCGCACGGUCCGUCUGUCCCCGCUGCUCUCCCGUGUCCUGGCCACCUCGGCCAGCACUGCCAAGAGCUUGGAUCUGCUGGGGAGGGGGGACUUGGGGGAGGACAAUUUCCUGUCAGGAAACCCCUCCCUCUCUGGGCCAGGGGCGGGAAGGCCUCAUUAUCUGUCUGCCCUUUUAGGCCAGGCUGCGGUUGGACUGGGACGGGCCCCACCCUCGCCCUCGCCGGCCGGAAUCCGCCGGCCCCGCCUGCUCUUCGCGCCUCUCGAGGUGCCAACACCAUCCUGGGCACCCCAGGGAGACCCCUGCGCUGGACGGCAGCCCACAGCGGCCCUGUGCGGCCGGCCGAGCCCCAGGCCUUUGAAAAACGGCUGGGCGCGGGCUUCGUGACUUCAGUGCGGCUGCCAUAGCCACUAAUUCAUCAGCCCCCCGGGAAAUCUCAUCGCUAUGAGCAGCCACGGAGCCACAGAGCCACGCUCCAUCUCUGGGGACAUUUCAUGCCACCGGAGUCAUGUGGUAAGCGUCUGAUUUUCAGUGAACAAAGCAUUUUAUAAAUAAAUGAUUUUUAAAAGUUUUACAUUUAUUUGAAAGGCAGAGAGAGACAGAAAGAUCUUAUCCCCUGGUUUAUUCCCCAAAUGCCACCGACGGCUGAAGCCAGGAGCCUGGAGCCCAAUCCAGCCCUCCCACGGGAGCGGCGGGGACCCAGCCAGCACCUGCUGCCUCCCGCGGUGCGGGGACUCGAACCUGGGCACCCGGAAAUGGAUGCAGGUGUCUCAAGUGCGGGGUCGUCACAGCUGCACCAGACGCCUGCCCCAAAACUGUGUGUUCAGGAUUCAUCCACUUGGAGCUGUUCUCCCGACCCGGGUCUGGGAAUAACGCGGGGACAAAGCGGGGGUGCUCUGCUGCCCCCGUGUGGCCUACAGGAGAACUGCGGUUCUCCGCUGGGAAGGGCAAGGACUCAGCCUCCAACGUGCUCACCGGGAAGACUGGGGUCCGAAAGCUUCUAGAAUCCCACCCUAAACGUCUGCCUCCGCUCCUGAGACUCCUCGGGCUGAGCGAUGAUGCCACCACGUAGGAAGGUCCAAGCCCACCCGAGGCACGCUUUCAUGUGCUCUCAUGGGGGCGCUGUGGGCUAAGCCGCCGCCUGCAGUGCCAGUAUCCCAUAUGGGUGCUGGUUCAAGUCCUGGCUGCUCCUCUUCCGAUCCAGCUCUCUGCUGUGGCCUGGGAAAGCAGCAGAGGAUGGCCCAAGUGCUGGGGCUCCUGCACCCGCGUGGGAGACCUGGAAGAAGCUCCUGGCUCCUGGCUUCGGAUCGGCGAAGCUCCGGCCAUUGUGGCCAACUAGGCAGUGAACCAGCGGAUGGAAGACUUCUCUCUCUCUCUCUCCUUGUCUCUCCCUCUCUGUGUCUAACUCUGCCUCUCAAAUAAAUAAAUCUUUUUUUUCCUUAAAGAAAAAAGAAAAAGCGUGUUCUUGUUGCCUUGAUGUGCCACUGUCCCCGGGGGUUAAGAGCCCAUGUCCUGGACGCGUUGGGGCAGCACUGGAUGCAGACCUCCGCACUGCACUCACUCGCUGCCUGUCACUCUCCCAGCUUCC